GACUCCCUUUGCACAGGCAUGGAGCGGGGCAGCGCGGCGGUCGGCAGCGGGGCGGCCCCGGCGCGGAGCGAGGAGCACGAGGAGCACGAGGGCUGCGCGGGCCUGUGGGAGCUGCCGGUGGAGCGCUGCGAGAGGCGGCCGGAGUGCGGGCGCUGCAGCCGUCCUCAGAAGGUGUGUUUAUGUCCAUUCCUGCCAAUACAUCCGCUAAAGGUCUCCACCUGCUUGUAUAUAAUUCAGCAUCCAGCAGAGGAAAGUCGAGUGUUAAGAACGGUUCCUUUGCUAGCAGCUUGUCUCCCUCCAGACAAAUGUAAAAUUUUGGUUGGUCGACGUUUUAGUGAAGACAGGUAUCCUGAAUUAGCAGCUGUGUGCAGAAAUCCCAAUACUCUAAUUUUGUAUCCGGGAGCUGAAGCUACCAAUUUGGAAGAAGUUGCUGUGAAGUCUUCUAGACCAUCUGUUAUGAUCAUCAUUGAUGGAACGUGGAGUCAGGCUAAAGAUAUAUUUUAUAAAAAUCCUCUCUUCCGACUUCCCAAGCAGGUGCAGUUGAAAACCAACAUUUCAAGUCAAUACGUAAUUCGUACACAGCCAACAAACACCUGUCUGUCUACACUUGAAUGUGCAGCGGUUGCUCUUACUAUCAUGGAAAAAAAUAAUAGUAUACAAGAGACUAUACUCCGUCCACUUCAAGCUUUAUGCUCUUUCCAGCUUCAGCAUGGUGCCCAGAUCCAUCACAGCAAGGAACAUCUUCUCAAAAAUGGCUUAUAUGACAAGCCAAUGCCAAAGAAUAAGCGCAAACUCAGAAGAAUGGAGCUUUUGUUGAAUAACGUUAAAAUAUAAGAAAACUGUACUGACAGUACAGUGGGAUUUAUUUGCAGCUAGCAAAUAAAUAUGAAUCUGGAUUUGAUCCAAAUGGUUGACUGUACUGUAAUAAAACAACUUUUAGGCCCUUCAUGGGCAAGAGUUUAUCUACCAAUGUGACAAACAGUAACGGACAAGCUUUUUCAUUUUCGCAGUAGGCCAGGUGCCUUUGUUCAGAUGAUAGAAGAACGUUCUCAUUUCCUAUAGAAGAGAAGAAGAAAACUCUGAGCAUAAUUUAGAGUUCUUUUAUCUCUUGAGUGACAAGUAUGUUCUUCAAUAUGACUGGAUAAAUUUACUUUGGAGAAGCUUUUGUCAGUACAAAAAGACAAGGAAUAUGAAUGUAACGGAAUGGCAAGGCUUCAGCAUUUAGAAGUAUAUUGAAUUUCUGCUGAGCAUUUUAACUUCAGUAUCUAAUUACACUAGGUUUUCAAACUGUAAUUCCUUAUAUUACUUAGUUCAGAUGAACAUAAGGCAUGCUAUUUGUACAGUUCUUUUUAACUUUGAGAUUUUUAUCUCUUACGAUAUUAGAAUUCCUUUUUGUAAAAUUAUAUACAUUUUACAAUGCAGUCGAGUUUAGUUUCUCUCUCAGACUUAAUUUUUAUAUUAAGCCCACAUACGUUUUUACCAGAAUCUGAACACUUCUGACUUUAAAAAAAAAAGGUGAAUGUAAAGAAAUUCAUUUUGGAAUUAUAACUCAGGUGCUUCACUUUUACUUAAGCAAAACCCACUCUUCUGCAGAAGGGGACGUUUUAUGGAUAUGGAUAUGUCAUACCCAUACCCUGACAUACAAUCAUUAUGAUACUAAAGGAAUUAAACAAGCCAAGUGUAAACAGCCCCGUAAGAAGUAUGAUGCAAUGACAAAUAAUUAUGUCCAGAUACAGCUACUAAUGUGAUUGCAGAUCCAUUACAUUUACAUGUGGUCUUUAAUUAGUUCUUCUCUUCUAACAGUGAUUUAACUGUACCUCUUUCUAAUGGGAAUUGCUAGAAGCAGAAGAAUUGGGUAUUUUUACAAGCUUUGUGAAGUAAUAUUUUAUGAUCUGGAGAAAAAAGUGAAAUAAAGGUUUUGAUGUUACUUUCUUCAUAAAUGCCUCCUUGAUGAAGCAGAUUAAAAUGCUUAAUGUUUGUCUUUACUAUCAGUUCCACUCUAGGUAAGAACAUGGAGCUAAUUGGGUACUAAUUUGUCUUAGAAAAAGAUAUUUUGUGUUUAAUUUAUGAGCUGCAAGGCAAGAAACUACAGAAGGAGGGGUGUAAACACAGCUAACCAAUAUAUUAACUGAAAGCAUUUCUGCAAUUAACUAGAGAGGUCAAAAUUAGGUCAGAGAUUAGCAAAGAAGUUUUAGUUAACCCUGAGCUAAUAGUGACCUUUUGUUUAGGCACGGAUUAACAAUUUAAUUUGUCUGGCUAUGUUAGCUAUGUUUUCUUCUCCUGCUGUAGAUAAAAUCCUGUAUCUGUCACUAAAUUCAGCAAACCUGAAUUAGUUUUGACAAAUCUGAAGCAAAACGGUCUCAUGUGAUUAAUGAUAGUGUAGAUGCACUUUAGUUCACAUUGGAACAGAGAAAGGGCAUGUUUAUUCCUGUAGCGAGGCACAGCGCAGCAAUCUCCAGGCUGGCUCGGGGUCUGAAGUUGCAGUCUUGUGCAACUUGCGUGUGCAGCCUUGUGUGUGACGCUGCCUCCAGUUCUGGGGUUGGCAUGGCUCCUGUUGGGCUGGGAAUUUGUGUCCUCUGUGCUCCGGGACAUGGUCCAAGCUUUCCUUAAGGAAACAAGGGUAUCAGUUAGGCUUUACUGUUAAUGCUGUAUUUACAUAUAUGGACGAUGUUCACAUUUAAUGUUGUGUAUGUUAAUUUAGUUUACCUUAUUUUAGAUUCAUCUACAACAGUAGUGUAUCUUUCGACCAACAUUGUGAAGAUUAUUUUCCUAGACAGAAGGCUAAAUGCGUCUUUUCAUAAAAUGUGAGUUUAUAUUAUGGAGAACAGGAAGAAAUUUGUAUUACAGUCUGGGAUUCACAGACAUCUGCAAAAUGCCUUAGAAUUACAGGAUCAGAGAAAUAGUUGUCUUAAUUGAGUUAUAAUCCUACAUUAAAUACUCUUGUGCAUGCAAUCUGUGCAGAGUUUUCAUGUUUUUCAGCAAAGGACAAAUUCCAUACAGCUUACAAUAAGCACUUUUUAGUUUUGUUGAUUCCUCUUGUUCUUCUAAUUUUGCUCCUGUGGUUAACAGGAUUUGUAGGAUCUAAUGCUGGAUGCAUGGAAGCCUUUAACUGCUAAUUUCCUGUGUUGUAUAGUACUGGAUCAAUCACUAUGCAGCAGUUGCUGAAGAAAUGAAAAACAAUUCAUUGCAAACCUCCAGGCAUUUUAUUUUUUGAGUUUUUUGUGUGUCCCAUCUCUGCUAUAAUAUAGUGAUCAUUUAGAUGCAACACAGCAGUCGUAUGAAGUUCAAUUUCAGAUUCGUUCAAAGCUAUUAAACACAAAAUACAAUACUUUUUUUUUUAUUUUUACUUUUUUUUGGUGGAACUUGCCUGGCUUUAAAUGCAUACGAAGUGUAAGAGGAAAAGUUUAGAAAGUUUCUUUUCAGAUGUUUUGGAUUCAGAAUUUACCUCUAAAUACAUUACCUCGAAGAAAUAGGUACUCCAAAAUCCAAACUCUUUUGACGAAAGUUGCGUGUGAUGAAGUAGCGCUCUUUGCAAGCAAUUUCAUUAGAAUGAGUUUAAUUUGCAAUUUUAUUUUUUGCUGUAAUGGUCGAUCUGUUUCUUUUUUCACUUACCAAAAGAUUAAUGAGUCAAACCCAUCAGUUUAACAAGAUAUUGAUUAAAAAGAAUGUGUUGCUUCUUAUGUUUGGUUCUUUGUCCUUGUCCACUUUGUACUUUGAGAUGUUGCUACCAAAAUGAAAUCUGCCUUCUGUGUGCCACUAUGUCAUGCUUUAGGGAACUGGUGACAUGGAUAGUAGGCUUUUGAACACAUGUAAAAAUUUUACAAAGUUGGGCAUUGUUAAGUCUCCGUAUUUUCAUAAUCUGUAAGACAAAGUUUAAGAAAAAAGAGAAAGCUGGAAAUCUUUCAAAACCAGAA